AGUUUAUACAAGCUCGUCACAAAGAUAUUGGAUCAAAAGGCGGCUAGUUAAGGAUUGAAGGUCAAGUAUUAAAACUAUGGCACGUGGUCAACAAAAAAUACAAAGUCAACAAAGAAAUGCUAAAAAGCAAGCUGAUUUAAAAAAACCUACUAUUGAUUCAAAAAAAGCUGCUGCUAAAGCACUUCAUUAUACUUGUCCUAUAUGUAAAACACAAGUACCUGAUAUUAAAACUUAUAAACAACAUUUUGAAAAUAAACAUCCAAAAAAUUCAUUACCACAAGAAUUAAUUGAAGUUGUUUAAAUUAUUCAAUCAUUAAACUAAAAAAGAUUCAUUCAUAGUUAACUAUUUUUUAAUUUUCCCUUAUACAACUUGUAAUAAUUAAUCUUUUCUAAAAUAAUGUAUUAAACAUAUAAAUUUCAUUGUUUUCUCAUUGCUCUUGUUUUCAUUCUCAUAUGUUGAGUAUUAUUUUCGUUUAUAUUGAUAAAAGUUACACCUGACUGACGUUCAUCCUCGGGUCUUGCCGAUAUCUUCGUUUUGAUUGUUCUUUUUUUUUUAUUAUCGACUGACUUGUUAAAGAUUGGUUCUCCUAUGCAAAGUGGGUUAACUUAUCGAUUUAGAAUAUGGAAGUGAUAGUUCUAUUUGAUUAAUUUACUGAAAAUAUAGAAUGUUUUUAUUGCUUAA